AUGCCGCAAAGACUAACGUAUCGCCGACGUUUGUGCUACAAUACAGCCUCUAAUAAAACUAAGGUGUCAAAAACACCUGGUGGGCGCUUGGUAUUCUUGUAUAGAAAGAAAAAGGGUUCCGUACCGCGAUGUGGCGACACCGGAGUCAAACUUAAAGGAAUCACCCCAGCACGUCCACGUCAACUUCAUAAAAUGACGAAACGAUUGAAACAUGUGACUCGUGCAUAUGGUGGAUGUUUGUCGGCAGCGGCUGUGCGUGAACGUAUUAUUCGGGCCUUUCUGAUUGAAGAGCAGAAGAUUGUCGCACGAGUAAUAAAAGCAAAAAGUAAAGCAGAAAAGAAAUGA